CCCAAUGCCCCUAGUGGUCAUCAGGACAGUUGGUGCAAAAGGUCGAUGCACUGGAAGUUCAUCUCCAACAUUUUAAAUGUGAUUAAUUAAUCCUCUUCUCUUAAAGGAGCCGACCCAUAGCCCUUCAAUGCACUCCAUGGGGCAGGGGAGGAGGAGAGAUGCAGUGUGGCUGCCAGCAGCAAACAGGAGAGCAGCCAUUUUGGAGACCACGCGCAGGUUCAAGAUGGGGGUCUGCAGUGUGUGCUUUCACCCCCUCAUAAUCUAAGGCAACACAAACUGGCCCAAGUUGUUAUCUGAGUCAUUGAUAAACGCUUCUAACCUUUGCUUUGAGGGCUGGUGGAUGUGAAUGUGUGGCACUCGCAGGGCUUGUUAACAGACAGCUCUCCCCCCACCCACCCCCCGGCAGCCCCGCUUCGCCUGGAGUGCAAAGCCCAACUGACAUCAAAGCAGCCGAAUGUCUAAUCCUGUUUUGAAUCAGUGCUAGUGCAUGCAGAGAAUAUUAAACAGGGAAUCCAGUUGCAAAAGAAGUGGUGGUGGGGGGAAUUAUCUUUAAUAUCCUGAGAGAGAGAGAGUGAGCAGGAAAGGCAGAGAGGGAAAGAAGAGAGAGAGACUGGAGGAAGAAGGGAAUGGUUUUCAGUGCAGACGGGUUGACACAAGGGGUCGUGCAAGACAGCUGAGCGGAGGGAAACGGGCAAGAUGGAGCAUGAGAGGGCCGCAGCUGGUGGCAAGGUAUCAGAACAAUGGUUCAUGCCUUUGCUGCACUGAAUCUGGAUCUACAGGCUUGAAGCCCUGAAGAAGGCUGCCUCCCACCUGCUUUGGGGCUGGUAACUCUCUAGGAAGAACUGAAGACUUGUUGAGACACCCUGCCUUAAACAAGAAAGGCGGAAGACAAGACCCUAUGUUUCCUGGAUCUUUUAACAGACCAUUAAUCUCCCCUUCCUGACUUUUCCAAACAGCUGAGAUUCAGUCCCCAAGCACUGAAUUAUCAUUCAUUUAAAUGACUGCAUAUUCUUUAACAAGGCUUCAUCUCCAGUCCCUUUUAAAGGAGUUUUACUCCCAGUAGCAUUUAUCAUCAUUGUCAGAUACUUCUUUUUUUUUAAUGUACUGUGGGAUUUCUGAAUAUAUUUUCAUUUGUUGAGACCCCCGCCCCCACCACUUCUCUGGAGUUUAUCUUGACAAGUUAUCACAAACACACACACUGAUGGCUUCGUAAAUCGAAGAAGCAGCUGCCCUUAUUCAUGAUGGGGCGAGAGCAGGAGCUGAUCCUAGCUGUGAAAAAUGGGGAUGUACCUGGUGUACAGAAACUGGUGUCGAAGGUCAAGGCAUCCAAAAGUAAACUCUUGGGAUCUACUAAACGGCUGAAUGUGAACUACCAGGAUGUGGAUGGGUUUUCAGCACUUCACCAUGCAGCCCUGGUUGGGAGUCUGGAGCUCAUUUCCCUACUGCUGGAGGCACAGGCCACUGUGGAUAUCAAGGACAUUAAUGGAAUGCGCCCACUACACUAUGCUGCCUGGCAAGGGAAGGUGGAGCCAGUGCACCUGUUGCUACGGGCGGCUGCUUCAGUCAACAUGGCAUCACUGGAUGGACAGAUCCCACUGCACCUUUCUGCACAGUAUGGCCAUUAUGAGGUGUCAGAGAUGCUGCUCCAGCACCAGUCCAACCCAUGCCUCAUCAACAAAGCUAAGAAAACCCCCCUGGACCUGGCCUGUGAGUUUGGAAGGUUGAAGGUGGCCCAGCUGCUUCUGAACAGCCACAUGUGUGUGGCUCUGCUUGAAGGCCAAUCCAAAGACACAAGCGACCCAAACUACACUACUCCUCUACACUUGGCAGCCAAGAAUGGGCACAAGGAGAUCAUCAGGCAGCUUCUGAAAGCUGGAAUUGAGAUCAACAAACAAACCAAGACAGGCACUGCCUUGCAUGAGGCAGCAUUGUAUGGGAAGACUGAGGUGGUACGCCUGCUACUACAGGGCGGCAUCGACGUCAACAUUCGCAAUACCUACAAUCAGACAGCCCUGGAUAUUGUGAACCAGUUCACCACUUCACACGCCAGCAAGGACAUUAAGCAGCUACUACGAGAGGCAUCAGGAAUCCUGAAAGUCCGAGCUUUGAAGGAUUUUUGGAACCUCCACGACCCAACAGCUCUCAACAUCCGUGCUGGAGAUGUCAUCACGGUCCUGGAGCAGCAUGCUGAUGGGCGCUGGAAGGGCCAUAUCCAUGACUCCCAGAAGGGCACUGACCGUGUCGGCUACUUCCCUCCCUCCAUCGUAGAAGUCAUCAGCAAGCGGACAGGCAUGACUCUUCCCCGCAUGGUGCCCUCACACCAGCGCCAGAGCCUUGCCAAGGGCCAGCAGGUUGCCACUGCCGCCCCUCACGGUGGGCUGCAGCCACAUACAGAUGCUUCUCCACCUGCUUCGCCGCAGGCACCCCUUGGCCUUCCCGCAGCCUGUGGCCACCUCACCCUGACCAGGACGGCCCCAGCACCCGAAAGCCCAGCAGGUGAUAGGAACAGUGUGGGCAGCGAGGGCAGCAUUGGCAGCAUCCGGAGUGCUGGCAGUGGGCAGAGCACCGAGGGCACCAAUGGGCAAACCACUGGGAUCCUCAUUGAGAAUGUGAAGCCACUUUCAGCUGGUGGUGAGGAUCUGCAACCACAUCUCUUGGGUUCCAAUUCUCAUAAUGGCCAGACAAACCCCAUGAUAGGGACCCUGGGACCCCAGAACCUCUCCAACUGCAACACCAAGGACAGGAUCUUCUCCCAUCAGUACCUACGCCCAGAGCAACUCCUGGAGGGAAAGGAUGCUGAAGCCAUUUACAACUGGCUGUGUGAAUUCCAGCUGGAGGGCUACACAACCAAUUUCCUGAAUGCAGGCUACGACGUGCCAACUAUCAGCCGCAUGACUCCAGAGGAUCUCACAGCCAUCGGGGUGACCAAGCCAGGCCACAGGAAGAAAAUCUCCACUGAGAUUGGUCAGCUCAGCAUUGCCGAGUGGCUUCCCAGUUACAUCCCUGAUGACCUGACGGAGUGGCUGAGUGCCAUCGGACUCCCCCAAUACCACAAGAAGCUAGUGAGCAAUGGUUACGACUCCAUUACCAUUGUGACAGAUCUGACGUGGGAGGACCUGCAGGAGAUUGGCAUCAACAAGCUUGGCCACCAGAAGAAGAUCAUGCUGGCUGUCAAGAAGCUGACUGACCUUCGUAAGAGCCUCAGUCAGGCUGACAGCAGCACUCUAAGACGCAAGAUCCCUGGUGCCCUGGACAUUGUCACGAUUGAGUCUCUUGAGAAUGGAGAGUGUCACUCUCCUCACACCCCCAAGAUGACCACCUUCCAAGACAGUGAGUUGAGUUAUGAGCUCCAGACGGCCAUGUCCAACAGCUGCCAGGAGACACUGACCAUCAAGAACACACAGGGCAUGUCGCGAAGCCAAGAGAGCAUUGGGGUGCGCUCCAGGGGGUCGGGGCACUCUCAGGAGAACAUGCUGUCCCAAAGCACGACCUCCAGUCACUCUCAGGAGAGCUUGGGCAGUGGUGAAAGCAGCAGUGGGAGUAGUGGCCCUUGCGCCCAGCCUCACCUCACAGAAAACUCAGCCAUUCCCCAGACUGGCCAACCCAGUCCGGACAACUAUGGAAAAUCUGGGCCACAGCUCAGUGGCCCAGAUGGAGUCAACGGCUACUCCAGCGGUUGUGCAGGAAGUCCCUUGAGGGAGAGAAAUCUGCCAGAGGGGAUGGAUCAGUACCAGAGACCAAGUACUCUGAAAGGGGAUUUCCUUCCCCACACAGCUCCAUCUGAGCCACCGAACCCAUUACCAGCCACGUCCCCCUGCACAUCACCCCACACAGCCAGCAAGGGGACUGCCCCAUACGUCUUCAUGUAUCCUCACGUGUCACUGAAGUCCCAGCCAUCACACUCUCCUCCUGUGUCUGAGCAGACCAAAGGCCCAGCUCGGUUCAGUCCCGAGAGGACCAUCCUGCAGUCAACAGCCCAGAAAGCUUUCUCCUAUCUCCAUUCCCACUGUGGCCCUGUUGAGCCACCACGUGUGCCCCCGAAGCCUGGGGCUUCCUCCAGUUCCAGGGAGCAGCACAAUGGCGAGGGCUUUAAGCACAAGAAACGCUCACACAGCCUGAACCGCUAUGCUCUGUCAGAUGGGGAGGCGGAGGAAGAGGAGCUACCCGCUAGCUCAGUGGGAUCUUAUGCUACCCUAACCAGGCGGACGGGCCGGAGCCAGGCCCCACGCACGCAGCCCCCACCGGACACUAAGGUCCUGCGCAGCCAGUCUUUUGCCAUCCGUUCUAGGAGGAAAGGCCCUCCGCCCCCUCCUCCCAAACGCCUCAGCUCAGUCUCCAGUGCACAGGCUGUGGAUGCAGAAUUUGAGCAGGGCCUAGAACAACAGAAAGGGCCCAUCCCUUCCCAAGAUGGAGGAGAGACCGCUCAUGAGAGGAGUUGCCCUGGGAGAAGUGUGGCAGCUAUGCUUGAGGGGCCUGUGGCGGAUGGAAGCCCAGCCAAGCUUCUUCAGUCCCCAAAGCCCCUGGGCUGUGGUCAGGAAGGGCCCGGCCCAGCAGGCCUACACAAUUCUGCUCAAGAAGAAGCCAGCAGGGCCGAGCUCAUUAGCAAUGGCAGAAGCCAGGUCUUCGAAAGCAGCACUCCCAGAAGACGAACAUUCAGUGAACCUGCAGUGACCAUGACGGAGGCUUUGCGGCACAGCCAUGAGGAUGUCCGAUCAGACACCGAGGAAGAGGCACCAACAGGGAAAGACAAUGGUACCAAGUCACCCGGCUCUUCCCAGAACAGCUCCAGUGAGUGCAUUCCUUUUGCAGAAGAAGGCAACCUGACCAUCAAACAGCGACCAAAGCCUGUUGGGCAGCACAAGGCAGAUGCUGCCCUGGCAGACUCCGAUUCCGCCCAAACUCAGUCUAGCAAGGAAGAGCAACAAGGGGGCCCAGCAAAAGAAACCCCAGUGUUGGAGUUCAACCUGACCGAAUCUGACACGGUCAAACGGAGGCCUAGGUGCAAAGAGAGGGAGCCCCUCCAGAACGUUCUGAAGGCUUUUGGGGUGGCUGCCCCCAGCCCAGCUGUGACAACCCCAGCUCCGCAAUACGCCCAGGCUCAGACAGUCAGCAUCGGUGGACCAUCGCUGCACGUGAUGGAGCCGCAGUCCACUGGAGAUGCUUUCGAUGAGAACAGCAUGGAACUCCAGAUUGCAGAGAUAGAGAAAAGCAUCCUGUGUCUGGAAAGAGGGAUCAAGAAGCCCCCCAUCUCUCUGAAACCAACCAGCCCAAUGCCACUGCAGAUGGAGAGGCAUGGAGGAUUGGUCCAGCUGAGAACACCAGCCCCAGGGACAGACCCCUCAGCCAAGCACACGUCUGUGGCUUCUAACAAGCUGGUAUUUUCAGGGCCAAAAACCAUCUACCAACAAGUCCUGCAGAACUCCCGCACCACAGUCGCCCCCUGGGCAGCCACUGAGAUGGUGUCAGAAGUGACAGGUCCUUACCCCAUGAAACUGGGGCUAGGCAGCAAACCAGCCUUGAGUUUUGGGGUGCCGCUUUCAAUGAGGCCUUUGAACACAUCUCCAGACAUCAUCCAGGCUCAGCAAAGAUUGGAACAAACUAACUCAUCUUUGGUGUCCACUUUGGAGGCUGCUGAAAAGAAAAUCACGGCCAAGGAGACAGACAGCCUUUAUGGGACAGCACACUCAGCCAAGAAUAUCCUGGAAGACAUCAGCAACAUGUUUGAUGACCUAGCUGAGCAGCUGGAUGCCAUGCUGGACUGAGGGUGGACUCCCCUCCGUGACGCUGUGCUGCGAGGUCACUCACUCACUGUGCCAUUUACGACAAGUGGACAGCCUGGGGUAGGAGUCCUGCAACCGAUGCUGGCCUCCCCUUCCCACACUUUGCCCCCUUGUUCACCGAACUGACCCCCAUGGGGACAGACUCCUGUUAUUUCUAGCCAGACAACUGCAGCCCGCCUCUUGCACACUCCAGGGCCAUUUGGGGCAGGAGCACUCAACACAUAGCCUCUGUUUCCCUCUGUGCACCCGAAGUGUGCCAGGCCUAAAGCCUCGCCACCCACAAGGUUGUAGCCACAAAGAAGUGCUGACUGAAGGCCCAUUACUUCAACUGCUGAGCAAGGUGGUUGCCGGAGGUUCCCGAGAGCUCCCUGUGAGCUCAGCUCUUCUUUCACGUACUACCACGGACACCAAUGCUUCUCAUGAAGUGUCUAAUCCUGUGUUUAUCAUUUCAUUGCUGCCAGUAAUGCGUCUGCUUCCUCUCAGGCGGUGACAAACAGCAGGGGCAUGGAGGGCCACCACCUCAGUGGCCAAACUGAAGACGAGACUAGCAGCUGGCUGAGCAAGACAAGUCCCUGCUGCUGCUUUUCCACACGCCAGUAGAGGAAGCAGCGUGUAAUCUGGGGGGAUUUAAAUCCCCUGCACUGCUUCUCCUUCCCCUCUCCCUCCAAAAGCAGCUGGCACAGCCCGUAGCUCUCAGCAGGAGCAAAAGGGGCUCAACAUUUCAACAACAGCCUUUUCAGGAGAACUGAAAACGACUUGACCUUCUUUCCCUGAGUAUCUUGGGCUCUUUCAUCGCAUAUGGGGUAGGCGGGCAGCGGGAGGGUGGCCUCCCCAUGUUUCUCUCUCAAAAGAAUUGCAGAGGGAAAUGCUGAUUAGUGGCAGGUUAUAGCCUAUAGAAUCCCUCUGGUGGCAAAGACUGUGUCAACUUACUUCUCACUGUAGCAACUUUUCCCCAGUUUCAAAUGCUCUUCACACACACACACACACCCAGGGAAUAAAACAGACAACAGUCAUUAGAACUGUUUCCUUUUUACAGAAAAUUUAAGCUGGCAAAGUUUGGGCCACUUCGUCCAUCUCCCCGUCCAAAGGAAGCCUUCAACUCUACCGCCUCCUUGCAAUGGGGAAGCAGCAGUCAAGGUCUCAGGUGCCGCCGGUGAUCUGCCACUCCCAGCCCUCCCUAGUAGCUGUUCUGCUCUGAACUUGGGCACCUCUGUAAAUAGGCCCAAGAGUGUGGCCAACCUGGCACUAGUGCCAGAAGCGAGGCUGGACAAGGAGAGCGGGGAAGGGAUGGUAGAAUUGCAACUGGUGUGCCAUAUGCUGCAAACAGAACUCCGUCCACUCAGGAGUUGUUUAAACAGAGUUAAGUUUAAAAUGAGGAAGAAUAUGUAUAACCCAAUCUUGAGACUUAAGCCAGCUUUACCAGUAUUGGAGGAAGUCCAUGGCAAAUCAGAGGAGGAGAUCAGAGCCUCUGGGAAGGCCUCUGCAGACAGAGCCAUGAUGCAAGGUUCUUUCCAGGGCCUAAUCCUGGAGUGGCAAGUACUGGCACUCUGUAAGGAGGUGACAUUCAAAUGGAGAAGGGAAAGAGUAAACCAUUGCUGGCAGGGCUUGAGAUCUACAAUGGAGCCUUUUAACACAUCUUGGCCACACAUCAUGUCUCUUUCCUUUUGGACUGUCUUUUUAUCCAUAGCAUCAAGUGAAUUAGUCAUCCUCUGGUUGAUGACUAGUACUAAAAGAAUGAUAUAUUUUUUAAAAAAUAGCUGCAACCAGUGGCACUUUAUAAAAAGGUUCUUUAAACCUUUUUAAAAAGAGGUUUUGAAUUUCUCAGCUGACGUAGGAUGAGUCCAUUUUUUCACUGUUGAUAAAACUGUAAUUUUUUUUAAAAAAGAAAUGUAUAUAUUUUUUAAAAAUGUCAUCUGUUAUAUAUUUACUAACCAAGAUUGUGUUGUAUUUUAGGGUCCGUUGUGGAACCAAAUUACUGUCUGAGCCACUUGGGGGCAGUAAAAUGCUGUUUGUUCUCAAUGUCAUGAGGGAAUUCAGUGUUUGGUUUUUUGUUUUUCAUUUUUGUCUUUCAGAGAAUGCUUAUUUUUUAAAAGAUAGUUCCUAGUUUUAAAUAUAUUGUAUGCUGUGUAAAUUAUGUACGGAUGCAAUUGUGGUCUAACCCAUUUUGGCCACAUCUGCUGAGUGCAGCAGGAAGUGAACUUAGUCCAGGCUAGCAUCAGCCUGGAAGUUUUGAAACCAUCGUUUGUGUUAAUCAUGAAUUUUCCACUAACAUCAUCAACUGCAACUUAAAGGCAUUAAAUUUGGGGGAUUGUUUCCCCCCUUUUGAUGGC